AUUUUUAACGACAUUACUCUUCCCACAAGUAUGUGUACCGAGGACGAAGCUCAUAGAUACGGUCGUUUCCUCUGCACCACACUUGAUCUCGUAAUGCGUUGGCGUUCGAGUAAAGAAAUCUUCAUGGCGGAGUGCGGGAACUACCCCGGAUUUGUCAGCGUGCUUCGAAAGGCGCAGGAUGACAACACCCAGGAAUCACAGCUAUCAUUUGACAAUUAUCGCUUUGUUGUUCAUAAGUGGAAUACUAGAAUCGCACGAGCUGCAGUAUCCUGUCUCGAAUCAGGCUCAUACACACAAAUCCGUAACGCCCUGAUCGUGCUUACUCGAAUCUUGCCACACUUUCCACGCACAACCAAUAUUUGCGGUGCGAUCGAACGUCGUGUCAACAAAUUGAGAGAAGAGGAGAAGGAGAAGCGACCGGAUUUGAAGGUGUGUUUGAGCGAGAUAGAUAAAGUGGUCCCACUUCGGCCAUAA